AUGGAUCCAGCUCAAUUCAAAUUAUUAAUGGAAGCAUUCCAACAACAACAACAAGCUCUUAUAAAGGAGGUUUCAAACCAGUUCCAGGCGCAAAUUCAAACGAUGGUACAGUCGACACAGGCGCAACAAGCGGGGCUAACGGAUAAAACCAAAAUAGGCCAACUCCUUUGCGCGUCUAUUGGAAGUGAUCACUACAAUAGCAUGGAAGCCUUCUUGGGACCGGACAAUCCACUGAAAUCAUUGGAUUACGACAUUUUAGUAGGAGAGUUCAAGAAGAUGCUGAUUCCCAAGUAG